AUGGUUUCUCCCUGUGCUGUCCACUCUCGUUUCAAUCAUUUCACCGGGAUUUUUGCUGUCUUACGAAAUGAGCCAAGCACCUCGAAAUCGCAACUGCCGGUCGCCGUGCGACGAUUUCAUCAAGUUUUCGGCUCAGCCUCGGGGAUCCCAUCCCAUCCAUCCCAUCCAUCCCAUCGAUCCGGUCACCGUCUCCUCCUGAUCACCCCAUCGCCAGUUCUCGGCCACUCAUCCAUCCGUUUCAUCCAAUCUCCCCAGGCCACCGUACUCAUCGAUAUGCGUACCCGUGCACCCGUGUUCGACAUUUAUUGUGGCGGCUCGCUUUUAGCGGCUGUGCAAAAUUCGAAGAUUUUCAUCGAUUGCAAGCAUUUCGUCGACAUGCCGCUCAAACUGGAUCCAGAAGUGACGCUGGCCGCGUGGAAUAUUUUGGAAUCACAGGGGGAAAUCUCGGAUGAACAAGUGAAAAGCUUUGUUGAGGCACACUUUGAUGAGCCUGGCUGCGAGUUGGAGGAGGUGGCACCUGUCGAUUUCCAUCCCGACACAAAAGCUUAUGAUGUAAUUCACGAUGAGAGCUAUCGGGAAUGGGCGCAAGUGUUGCAUAAAAAGUGGCCAACACUAACGCGACGAGUCAAGGAUUUAGUGCACGGGGACCCAUCAAGGUAUUCCCUAAUCGCCCUUCCACACCCAUUCAUCGUGCCUGGCGGACGUUUUCGUGAGCUCUACUACUGGGACUCGUUCUUUACGAUCAAGGGUCUCAUCGCGUCGCAAAUGUUUGAAACAGUUCGCGGAAUGAUUCACAACAUGCAAUUCCUCAUUGAACAAUAUGGUUUUGUGCCGAAUGGAAAUCGGAUCUAUUACCUAAAUCGAUCACAACCGCCGGUGCUCGCCUGGUGUGUGCACGCGUACUACAAGGCGACAAAAGAUACCGAAUUUAUCGCCCAGCUUUUACCAACGCUGAGAAAAGAGAUGGCUUUCUUCGAGAACAAUCGUGUUUACAAAGAGGAGCACUGGAUUGGAUCCCUUUAUCGAUAUGUGGUGUCAGCUGAUGGUCCUCGACCGGAAUCUUAUCGAGAGGACGUUGAAUCAGCGCAUCAUUUGUGUGAAGAAUCCGAGAAGCGUCGCCUUUGGGGUGACAUCGCAGCGGCAGCGGAGAGUGGACGGGAUUUCUCGGCUCGAUGGUUUGAAUCGAGUGGGCCACAUGCGGGGAAAAUGAGCGGCACAAGAACAAGCCAGUUAAUCCCGGUGGAGCUGAAUGCGAUCAUUUAUGCAAACUAUCGAAUGAUGGGUGAGUUGUGCGACUCGACUGGGGAUAUUGAUGGGGCAAAGAGGUGCGCUCAUCUCGCCGAUCGUCUAAAACAAGCAAUCAAACAGAUUUUGUGGAACGAAGAGCUCGGGUGUUGGUUCGAUUUCGAUCUCGUCUCUCGGGAGCAAACGAAACAAUUUAACGACACGAAUCUCUUCCCGAUGUUCGCCGAAUGUGUGCAUGAGGGCUUUGACGGAGCUCGUUUAUGCGAGUAUUUGAAAAAGAGUGGAGCGUUGGGAUAUCCGGGUGGUCUUCCGUCGUCGAUGGUUGCCAGCGGGCAACAAUGGGAUUUCCCUAAUGCGUGGGCACCGACCACAUGGAUUGCCAUACAGGGUCUUCGCGCGUGUCAGCAACACGAAAUGGCGCACAAUAUCGCUGAGAAAUGGAUUCGCAAGAAUUUUAACAUGUGGCGAAGCUCGGGUGGGAAAAUGUUCGAAAAGUACAACGUCGUUUCCCCGUGCUACAAGGUGGGCGCUGGCGGCGGUGAGUACGAUGUGCAAGAGGGUUUCGGCUGGACGAACGGAGUCGUUUUGGAUUUGCUUACCACGUACGGGGAUUCCCUUCAAUGGGUACCCGGUGAUGAGUGUGAAUGCUGUCAAGGACAUAUUGCGCCAUGUGCCGCCGAGAAGAGACCUCUU